GCAGAGUCCCUGCAGCGCCGGUCGGGAGCGUAACGCGGCGCAGCUCGGCGCGCACGGCGGGAGCGGCGCGCGAGUGGUCGGGCCUGGCGGCUGGACGGGCGCCACUGGCUGCCCCGAGCGCUCCCCGCCGCCCCCCAUGAGCGCAGCCCCGCGCGGCCCGGGUCCGUAGGCGGCGGGGCGCCCCCCAUGCUGCUGCAGCCCGCGCCGUGCGCCCCGAGCGCGGGCUUCCCGCGGCCCCUGGCCGCCCCCGGCGCCAUGCACGGCUCGCAGAAGGACACCACGUUCACCAAGAUCUUCGUGGGCGGCCUGCCGUACCACACUACCGACGCCUCGCUCAGGAAGUACUUCGAGGGCUUCGGCGACAUCGAGGAGGCCGUGGUCAUCACCGACCGCCAGACGGGCAAGUCCCGCGGCUACGGCUUCGUGACCAUGGCCGACCGAGCGGCAGCUGAGAGGGCUUGUAAAGACCCGAACCCCAUCAUCGACGGCCGCAAGGCCAACGUGAACCUGGCAUAUCUGGGCGCCAAGCCGCGGAGCCUCCAGACGGGCUUUGCCAUUGGGGUGCAGCAGCUGCACCCCACCUUGAUCCAGCGGACUUACGGGGUGCUGCCUGAGGAUGACGGAUCCAUGCUGCCAGUCCAACGAGACAAACCCUCCCGCUUCAGUCUCCCCGCCUCUGGAACCGAGGUUGUCCUCACAGCCCCAGAACGCAUGAAAACUGGCAUUUAUUGGAGACCUGCCAUGGCUUUACACCUGUCAUUUCCCUAAACUCUCCCAGCAGCCUGUGGGAAGUUGACUGUGCCCAUUUCACAGAUGGGAAAACCAAAGCUGAGAAGAUUUGGCUGCCUGCUCAAGGCCAGAGAGCUGGGCAGUGGCAGGGCCAGGGCAGAGCUGGGGGUUGGACCCAUGCAUCCUGAACCUGGAGCCACACGCCGCUGCACCCCAAGGCCUGGGUUCUGGCCGCCGCACCCGUCCUCCACCUUCCUCACCCAAAGCCAGCCGGGCGUCCUCCCCACCCCUGCCCUGGCUGCUGAGUCACACUUGUGUUUGUUCCCCAGAGACGUAAACAUCCAACCAGGAGCCCCCUGGGCAGGAGGUUGGGAGCCCUCCAGAUGCUGAGUGAAUAACAGGGGCAUCUGCCCAGUGUGCCUCAAGGCUGGGUGUUGCACAGGGCACAGCCUGGGGUGGGCACCUGGCCUUCCAGAUACCUCCUGGGCCUCCCGCAGGGGCUGAUAAGUGCCUGGCUCUGCUUAUCAGCCCCGUUGCCCCGCCUGCUCCCGCCUCAAGCCCUGGUAUACACACUGGGGUGCACGGUGGCCCGGAGAUCACGAUGGGGUGAACCACCCUCCACCCGCAGCCCGGCCCACCAGACAGCUGAGCCUGGUGCAGCAGAAACAACUCAGAGGGCUCCCAGGUGCCUCCUGCUGGCUCCCUGCUCCAGUGAUGGGGGCAUUUUUAGAUAAAUUAAAAUAAAGAUCUUUUUUUUCUAAAUUAUAAAAGUAACACUGUUGGGGGGAAAAUGUGACCAUUUCCUUUAAUUUAUUAAAAUAAUCUACAUAUGUGUAUAAAAAGAAGCGGCAGGAAAGAGACCAGGCGUUAAUGGUCGUAGGAGGACAGGAGGCUUUUAUUUUUUGUUAACACGGCUCUCUAUUUUUCACAGCUGAGAAAUGAAAGCUAGUGAAUGGGGCUUGGCGUCUGGUCAUUUGCUUCUGCAUCUGUGUGUGCGCACUCCAGACGCUCCGGGGGUUCCAGUGGGUGGUGCCUGUGCCCCUCUCUUCUGCUGACUUUCUGGGUUUCUCUGAUAGGCCCGAGCCUGCAGCGGGGUGGGGUUGGGGUCCAGGCGCUUGUCUAUGGGAACCCGCUCCAUCUUCAACCGUGUGACUCAGAACACAGUUUCCUGGCACACACACAAUAACACAAUACAAGCCCUCUGUGACUCUCCACUAAAUCCUUGCUCAGCCUCCACGGCCAGGGCGAACUGGCCCUGCCACCUGUCCACCUGUCUGAUCCUGAGAGAGAGACAGAGAUGGAGGGAGUCACUCUCUCCUUGUUGUCCCUUAACCGUAACUCAAAUGUCACCCUUGGAGAUGCCUUCUGGGACUUCCCUAUCUAAGCUAUCACCUCCAACCCCAUCCUUGUUCUCUCAUUUGUUUUUCUUUCCAAGCAGCUGUCUCUGGGAUAAGGGCCUGGCCUCAGAGUGUCCUAGGCAUGAGUCUGGGCUGCCUCUUCCUCCUCCUCCCUGGGCCUGACAACCUCGCUCCUGGGGAAUGGGCUGAGCCUGGGGUUCCUACCCUCCCAUGCAGUGGCAGGACCCUGCUCCCCAGCAGCCAGCGUGCCCUGGGAUGGCUCGCCCUGCGCAGGUGUGGACAGCCCCUGCCCAGCUUGGAAGCACAAGCCCUCCUGAACCACGGGAGAGCGGAACAUCACCAAAGGCUGCUUGGCUCCUGCAGGCCUAGGUGGAGGUGUAGCCUGUGAAGGCCACAGUCCUGAAUCUCAAGCUGAGGUUUGGCAAAAGCCUGCAAGGUAACCAGGGGCGUGGGGAGCUGUAGUCCUCAUCCUCAGGGUGGGCAGGGCAGAGAAGCCUGAACUUAUCCAGCACCGGGCUUGUGCCAGGCCCUGUGUCUACCACUCACCAGCAUGGGCUCAUCGAAUCCAUACAACAACCCACUUUAUAGAUGCAGACACUGAGGCUCAGGCUAGUCAGGGAGUUUUCCCAGGGUCACACAGUGAGUAGCUGGCAGAGCUGGGCUCCAAACCCUGGGGGAUCUGAUGGCAAAGCUGCCCUCCUAACCUGUAGCUGGGGUCUCCAUGGGAGGAGACAAUGACCUGUAUUAUGGUGUGGCCACAGGGAGAAAGGCCACAGAGCCACGAAGAAUGAUACUGUGGAAGUCUAUUUCCCGACACAGAGAGAUGGCCAUGGAGUAUGGUGGAAAGAAAAAAGGCACCAUGAACAGAAGCUCCUCUGACAACGCUGGGCCCAGAGUUCCUCACAGCAGCAGUGACACCCGUGCUCUCCAGUUUGCUACAGUCCCCACCAAUCCUUACUGUGCCUCUCAUUGAACCCUGGCAGGCAUUUUAAUUUGUCAGUUAGGAGCCAUGGGAGAGCCAAGUAGGGGAGGAAGCAGGAACCAUGUCAGAUACACAUGUGCUUUAUCCUCCUUGACGUCUUUCUAGAGGACAAUUAUGCAAUUAUGUGACAGAUGGAUGGAGGGAGGGAGGGACUGAUGAAAGGGAAAAAAUGGGUGGAGGAAUGGAUAGAGAGAUGCAAACGAGAUGGAUGGAUGGAGGGUGAAUGGGAGGAUAGAUGGAUACAUAAAUGGAGAAA